AGAGAUUGAAGCAGUACAAGAAUUACGAGAGCCUCUCGCGCUCUCGCGAGGAGCUCGACAAGGAGUGCUUGCAAGUUGAGAAGGGGAAGAACUUUUAUGACUUCCAAUUCAACACGCGGCUUGUCAAAUCGACAAUUGUGCAUUUUCAGGUAGAGAUUUCAUGCUAAGCCAAUACUUCCUUUAAGUUCAUCCAAAUAGGGAGCCUUUUUGUUUUCCAGGCACUCUCAUGCAUCAUAUAUAGUUAAUAUCCAUUUACUGUCAGUGCCAACUGCAUGAGUUACAUCUAGUGAUUAGUCAGGUCAAUAUUUGUGCCUAAAUAGCCUUUCUGUCAAACCUUCAAUGUUAACUCCUCCGUUUCAUUCAAAUUAAAACCACUAUUUUGAUUGCAUGUCUUUCAAAUUGGACCUGCAUCUUGCUUGUAAAAACAGCAAAGCAUCAUCCAUUAUCACCAGAUCGCUGCAUUAAUUGUGCAUCAGUGCUCUUCAUUAAUCAUCACACUAAGUUGCAUCAUAACACUAAUAGAAGUUACUAACCAGUAGACUUUAGGUCUUCGAAUUCAUCCUUCUGAAGUAGUUAAAAUAUCUUGUUAAACAUAAGGCUCUAGUCUUGUAGUCUUGCAGGUUUGUCAAUAUGAUAGUAUCCUUUGUGGGUAUUGUUAUACAUGCUAAGUGCUCUAUGCCUCUACUAACCGUCGGAAGGUAUGGAGCUUGCAGAUCUCUUUAUUUUAGGCUUUGAUAGAUGUUUUAAAUUGUGAAAAUUUUAGCAUUAGAAACAAAUGGAUCUGGUCUUGUAUGUACACCAAGUAGUUCAGUAAAAGGAGUGUAAAGAAAUUCCAUUGGUGAUUUUCAACAGAAAAAAAAUGUGUACUGCUGACCUGACCUUGGGAAACUUAGUGAUCUUAUCUUUUCCAUGUUAUCUUGGUGAUAUACUUAACAACAUGAAAAUCUGGCACUAUUACCUUUCUCUGGGAUUUUUUUGGGGCAAGAAUAGAACUACUUAUAGGAACUCUUGUUGGGACCAUAGAUAUCAAAUAUUUUUCUUCCACUUGCAACUUGAUGAUUGAAUGCAAACAAUAGCUGGUUAUGCUUUCGCAGAAAUAGACUACAUCCCAAUGCUUUCAUGUCAUCUGUUUCCAUUUCUUCAGGAAAAGAUACUCCUAUGAAAUAAUUAGAAUGAAUACAAAGUUUAACUUCCAGUGAGAAAUCCUCAGUUAGAUGAGUUAACCUUGCAUAGAAGCCAACAUAGAAUGCAUUGGAUUUAUUCUGUUUUAUGGCUCAACAUUUUUUCUUAACCUGCAAAUGCAUUUGUCACAAUAUUCUGAUUGUCGUUGUUCCUUGCAUUUUUGUAUGAUAGAAGGUUGAAAUGGUUACUUUGUAUCACUCUGUGCGCACCAUUUUUACUGCUUGUUGAAUAUUAUUAUGUCUCUUAACUCUAUGUGGCAUCUAGAAAUGCUAUAUCUCUCUCUUUAUUACAGCCUCUACAGCAGGGUGGAGGUAAUAUCUGAGCAGCUGCUGCAAUAAAGGAUACAUUUUUAAUAUGCUGCGCAAUCUUCUGUGGUCAUCAUCGAAACACGAUGUGUACCUCAUGCAGAACUACUCUGUAAUGCAUUGGUCUGCGCUGCUUAGGAGGAGUAAAGAGGUACUCAACGUGGCUAAACCCAUUGUUCCGACACUGAAGCGUCCUGGUUUGUUAUCACAAUCGCUUUCUAGAGUUCAAAUAAGCACUAUGGCCAUAAAAGACAAUUUAUUGGUUGCUGGAGGCUUUCAAGGGGAGCUCAUAUGCAAGUUCAUGAGCCAACCUGGAGUUGCAUUCUGCAGCAAAGUAACAGCAGAUGAUAAUGCCAUUACCAAUAGCGUGGAUAUAUCGCGGAACCAGGCGGGUUCGUUGAGGGUUGUAACUGCAAAUAACGAUGCUCAAGUCAGGGUUUUUGAUACGGAGAAUUUUGCUUGCCUCAACCGCUUCAACUUCGAUUGGUGUGUAAAUAAUACCUCUGUAAGCCCCGAUGGCAAAUUACUAGCAAUUCUAGGGGACAGCGUAGAGUGCUUGAUAGCUGAUGCUCAGUCUGGAAAAACAGUCAACAGCUUGAAAGGGCACUUGGAUUAUUCCUUCGCUUCUGCUUGGCACCCGAAUGGUCAAAUUUUGGCCACAGGCAAUCAAGACACGACGUGUAGGCUCUGGGACAUUAGGAAUCCAUCGCAGUCCUUUGCUGUUCUCAAGGGAAAUAUGGGGGCCAUCAGAGCCAUUAAGUUCACAUCUGAUGGGAGGUUCAUGGCCAUGGCCGAGCCUGCUGACUUUGUGCACAUCUUCGACACACAAUCCGGCUAUGUCAAGGGGCAGGAGAUCGACCUGUUCGGAGAGAUCGCUGGCAUAUCAUUCAGCCCUGAUACGGAAGCUCUCUUUGUUGGGAUUGCGGACCGCACUUAUGGGAGCUUGUUGGAGUUCAACCGGAGGCGGUGUAACAGCUAUUUGGACUCCAUCCUGUGAAUUCAGAGUUUGCUCCAGGAAGUGUAGAUAUGCGCAGGCAGUAGGAUGAUAGUUUUCUUUCUUUUGUUUUUUCUGUAUAAUUUGGGGACAAGGUUAUGUGCAUACGUAUGUGCCAGUGAUUAACGUUGGUCGUUUUAACAUCUCCGGCCGAAGUUAGAUGAGCAAGUGAAUAGAUUUUGAGUUUUUUGGUUUUUGGGGUUGAAGGGCUAUCUUAUCAUUAUAGGCUUCCAAAUUGUUUUUUCCCAGUUGUUCUGAUGUGUGUGUAUAUGAAGACCAGUUAUUAAUUCAAUUUAAUUGUGGCUUCUU